CCAGCUCACCAUUCCACUUGUAGCAGACACCAAAAUAAGUUUUCCUGAACAUUUGGAAUCUGCUUAGACACUUCUACAUACUCUUCCCGGGAGUUACCAUUUACACAUGCAUUUCAGAGACUGCCACAAGAAAGCUUGUUUGAUUCUUUAAUGUUUAUAUUGAUCAUGGUUUUAGAGAGCCAUUAAUCAAUGGCAGUUAUGGAUUGGAUGGUUAUGCAGGCAAUCGUCAAAGGUAACACGAAUGCGCUUAGGGAUAUAGUCAAACAUGAUGAACAAGUGCUCGAACGAAGAAUUGGAAACACUACGGUGUUACACCUCGCUUCGAAAACAGGAAACACUGAAAUGGUGUCGCUUGUUCUGGAAUUGAGGCCAGAAAUGGUGGCUGCUGAGAACAGUAACUUGGAGACUCCACUUCAUGAAGCGUGUCGCAUGGGACAUGAGAAGGUGGUCAGAUUGCUCAUGGAGAAUAAUCAAUGGGUAGCUAGUAAGCUUAACCGUGAGAACCAGAGUGCCCUGUAUUUGGCUUGUAGUUACGGGCAUCUUAACAUUGUCGAUUUCCUCGUGAACCGCACUACUUGGUUGUUGGACAUUGUUGGUGAAGUAGACUGUCUCCAUGUUUGUGCAUCAAAACUCAAAAGGUCGAACAGAAUGUUACGAUUUAUUGCAAUUAUUAGAAGACUAUUUGAUAAGGGGUCAACCAUCAUUAGUGCUCUAGUGGUCGUCAUGGAUAUUGCUAAAAAGUUGCUUGAAAAGUGCGCGGAUCUUGCCAAUCAAAAAGACAUAAAUGGAUCCUUGGCAUUGCAUUGUGCUUGCAGAAGGGGGGAAUUGGAGAUUUCAAAAAUGCUACUAGAAAUGAACCCUGACCAAGCUUUGCAAUUCGAUAACAACGGCUACACGCCAUUGCACUUAGCUGCCAUAAAUGGAAAUGUUGCGAUCUUACAGGAGUUUGCAUCCAUAGAUCCUUUCUUCUUCCAACUUGCAUCGAAGCAUGGAGAGAAUGUGUUCCAUCUAACCCUAAGAUUCAAAAAGUUUGAUGCCUUCAAAUUUGUAGAUGGUAUCCUGAAGGGCACAUACCUGUUUUACCAACCUGACAAAUUUGGUAAUACCAUUCAACAUCUUGCUCAAAUGGAAGGUUUCCAUCAGUUUGAAGAAUACAUAAACAGUGAAACAAAAGAGCUAAUCAAUCAUCAAAAGAUUAGUGAAGUUGAAACACAAUCAAUUGAAGAGGAGAUGGAUAGAAAUUGUAGUUUUGAGAGUGAAAAAGAACCACAUAUAAAAGCGGACAAGAAUCGCCCAAAAAAAGAACAUAUAAAAAUACACAGAGAGGCACUGCAAAAUGCAAGAAACACAAUCACAGUAGUUGCAGUUUUGAUAGCAACCGUCGCAUUCACAGCCGGUAUAAAUCCUCCAGGUGGAGUCUACCAAGAUGGGCCUCUAAUAGGGAAGUCAAUUAUGCGCAAAGAACGAGCUUUCAAAAUCUUUGCUAUCAGUAAUCACAUUGCUUUGUUUGUAUCCAUGUGCAUCAUUGUAGUCUUGGUCAGCAUUAUUCCUUUCAGAAAAAAGCCACAAAAGCUGAUACUAGUAGCUGCUCACAAGACUAUAUGGGUCGCAAUAUCAUUCAUGGCUGUUUCAUAUAUUGCAGCCACAUGGGUAGUUAUGCGAAUGCCCCAUGAACGACAUAAAAUAGCUUGGACUUUUGAAGCUUUGAUAUCAAUUUGCGCUGGUACUCUUGGAUUCACUUUCUUUGGUUUAGGAGUCAUGUUUAUUAGACACCGAUUGAAAAAACACAAAUGGAGGAGAGAAAAGCUACAGUUGUUGGUGAAAAAUGCUAAGGAAAAAGACCAUCAUGACCUCUCAAUCUCUACAGUUUCAGAUAUUACUAGUUUUCAAAAGAAAGGUUUUUAUGCCAUUUGAACAUAUUUAAGUGUAUCAAAAGCUGAUUUUUAGGCUAAAUGUUAUCUAUUUCGCUGCUAUAUAAUAUGCAUGCU